UGGCUUUAAUGGAUAUGAAAGCUCAGUGCAUAAAUGAGUAUGGGCAUGUGGUGGUGUUUAUAUAUAAACUAGUACUAGUACAACAGUUGGAGCUGUCCUGAGGAACAAGUGCGUUCAUCAAGCAUCGGAUCAGACAGCAAUCACUGAAGUCGAACCGGUGUGAAGUUACGAGCUAGCGAGGAUGGUGAACUGGGUGCAAGUAGCCAAGCAGCAGCUGGUGCACCGCCUGGCGAAGAAGGCAGGGCUGCAGCCGCGCGCCGUCGACGUCGACGAUGCCGGCACGGUAAUGAACUUCUGGGUGCCCAAGGACAAGCUGCCGGCCUCCACCGAGCCGGAGCCGGAGAGGAAGAAGGAAGCGAAGGGAGACAGCAGCAGGCUCGCCGUCGUGCUCCUGCACGGCUUCGCGGGCGACGGCAUCUUCACAUGGGCGCUGCAGGUCGGUGCCCUCGCCAAGCAAUACGACGUGUACGCCCCGGACCUGCUCUUCUUCGGCGGCUCGGUGUCGCCGGCGGGCGGCCGGUCCCCCGCGUUCCAGGCGCAGUGCGUGGCGGCGGCGCUGCGGAGUCUCGGCGUGGAGCGGUGCGCGGUGGUCGGCUUCAGCUACGGCGGCUUCGUGGCGUUCCGGAUGGCGGAGGCGCAACCGGGCCUGGUCGCGUCGGUCGUCGCCACGGGCACCCUGGUGGACAUGACCCGCUCCACCAGCGAGCGCAUGCUGCGGAGGCUCGGCGCCGCGUCGUUCGCCGAGCUGCUCCUCCCCGGCGACGUCGCCGGGCUCAGGUCGCUCUUCGCCGUGGGCACCCACAGGAAGUGGUGGUUCCCUGAUUUCGUCCUCAAGGACUACCUCGAGCUGAUGAUGUUUAACCGCAAGGAGAGGGCGGAACUGCUGGAGGGCCUGGUGGUCAGCGAUGAAAACGCAGCUGCGCCUUCUUUUCGGCAGGUACGUGUACGUUUGCGCAGGACUGUCGAUCCAAUGCAAUUUACAGAGCUGGUACGUACGUGUACGUGCGACGUAUCUGCAGAUAAAAUACAAUAGCUUGACGAUGCAUAUUGUUGCUGAGGGAUUUCGUUAGUAUUCACAUAUAUUUGCCUUUGUGAACUAAUAUUUUAUUCUAUUCAGCGGUUGAAAUGGGCAUCAAUGCAGGUACUCGUUUGAGUUUUUAGUUUAAGUCAUAAGUUCCAUUACAUCAUAUUUGUUUACACACUAAUUAGGAGUACUAAAUAUAGAUUUAUUAACAAACUAAUUUCAUAAGUCGUGACUUAAUCACAAGAUAAAUCUAUUAAGCAUGAUUAUUUCAUAAUUUGAUCACUAAUUGCUACAUUAACCAUCUGCUAAUCGUGCAUUAAUUAUACUUAAUAGAUUCGUCUAGAGCCCUAAUGCAACUUAUACAAUGAGUUUUAUAUUAAAUUGGCAUCCGAACAUUCAAAUUGAUAUCCAAAUAUUUAAUGUGACAUGCUGACAGUAACUUAAAAAACUAAACAAGGCUUAGGAUAGGAGUAAGGAUACAAUGCAAGUAGGUAUCUAGUAGUAUUGUUUAUCGAGUAAUUAAUUAUUAUGGUAUGUCACUCUCAUUUAUUUCUCACCUCAAAUUAUUUACGCAUCUUAUUAUUUUAAUUUAUUUUAUUAUUUUUUAGAUUGACAAAAUGGUCCAAAAAUAUAUAAUGCAAGUUUGCAUGUAAAUUGGGAAACGAAUCUUUUAAGUCUAAUUGCGUUAUGAUUUGACAAUAUAAUGCUACAGUAAAUAUUUGCUAAUCACGAAUUAAUUAGACUUAAUAAAUUUAUCACGCAAUGACAUUUAUAAUAUAUUUUAUUAUUAAUUUAUGUUUAAUAUUUCAAAUAUAUAUUCGAAUACUUGAAAAAAUUUACCCGCAAAGAAGUCAUAGCUUGCGUAC